AGGGCGGUGCGGUGUGGCUGGCGGUAGGUCGGUCGCUCGCUCGCUCGGGUGCGCGCCUGCCUGCCUUUUCUGCUCAGCUCGUGCUUGUGUCCACUGGAAACGAGGCCGCUCGAGGAAGGCUGCGCUUGGGAGCGGACGGACAACAGAGGGGACCCAGGAGUCCGUCACGCCGAGGAGCUUCUCUGUCCGCCGGUGGACGAGGGGAAGGAAAGAACGACAGAGCGUAGCGCAGCACAGUGGGGUUAUUUUCGUUUGGAGGCGCUGUGGAAUACUCACAGACCAGCAGUAUACAGACUGUCUUGACUGGUGGCAUCACUGAAUGGUACAGUAACAUAGCCUCACAGGACAAAGGGGUCUUUCAGAGGGUGAUGGCCUCUUUAAAACAAGCCAAAAACAUGCUUUUGGAACUUGGUUCUCAUUAAGUGAAGAGAUCUUGACCAACAGUUGCUGAAAUAAAUAAACAGAAACCAUGUGGGAUGCUGUAACAGUACGAAGAUAGACAACCAAGUGGAAAAGAAGAUGGCAGACAAAGAUGGCAAACUGGAAUUGCCAAUUGUUCCAGGACAGGUUUACAUAGAAGUAGAGUAUGAUUAUGAAUAUAAGGCAAAAGACAAGAUGGUAACAAUUAAGCAAGGAGAACGAUAUAUUCUAAUCCGGAAGACCAAUGAAGACUGGUGGCAAGUGAAAAAAGAUGAAAGCACAAAACCCUUCUAUGUGCCUGCUCAAUAUGUUAAAGAACUAAGGAAGGCCCUCAUGCCACCCCCCAAGCCUAUAUUGGUUAGUCCCAGUGUAUUUAAUAAAACGAAACCUGCUGGUUUAGAAGUGCACCCACUACAGAAGUCGACAGAGAAUUUAACCAAACCCACUGAACUUUCUAGUUUUGGCAAACCCUUACCAGUACUUGUAAACCCUCCAGUCUUAACCAGAGAUGCCAACCAAAAUAUGGCACCAACAGGAAGUCCAGGAUUGAAUCGACGAGCAACAGAUCUGCUCCAAAAUAAUAAUUCUAUUCAUAGUGUGAAAGUAAGUACUGAUUCUCCACCCCUUCGGAUCCCUAACCAUAACAAGACUGGUCCAAUUGGAAAAGAAAUGGCAGUGGACUUAGACCCACAUGUAGUGUCCAGCAGUACAUCAUCUGGAGAUAUACCACUAUGUGAUUCAACAGGAGAAAACUUUGAGAAACACAUUCCUGAUUCUGAGUCGGGAGAUGACCUGAGUACCAGCUCCACUGAACAAAUGCAGACAUCAUCACCUACAGGUCUGGGUCGACCUGAGUCACCUGUUUAUGCCAACCUUCAGGAGCUUAAAAUAACAGUGUCAAGCUUGCCACCUGUGCCCAGUAGUUCACCUUUGAACACUACAGGGGAGUGGGAGACCCACAAAGAUGCUAAUGGGAGGCACUACUAUUUCAACAGGGCAACACAAGAACGUACUUGGAAGCCACCACGUGGUCGUGACACCAGUAGCAGUAGUAGCAGCCGAGGAGACACAGUUGCAUCUGGGGAUCAAGAGCCCUUUUCAUCAGAAGAAAACUGCCACAGCACUUAUUCCAGCCAGUCAGGUAGUCAGUAUGGUUCACCUCCUUGUGGCUGGUCUGAAGAGCUUGAUGAACAUGGGCAAACCUUAUAUAUCAGUGAAUAUACUAAUGAAAAGUGGAUGAAAAAUGUUGAUGAGCAAGGCCGCCCAUACUACUAUAGUACAGAUGGAACAAGAUCUGAAUGGGAACUUCCUAAAUAUAAUAUCCCACCACCACCACUUCCACAUCCUGGAGACAUUCCAAAAAGCAAAAGUCUGGAUAGAAAACACAUGGAACCAAUAGUUUUAAAUAAGUGGAGGCACAGUACAUAUACACUGGAUUUAAAUGACAAAUUGUCUAUCAAAAAAAAACGUAAUUCUUCUGAACAUUCUUCUGGGGCUAUUACACCCCCACUUUUUGAGCAAGUGGAAUCUCCCACAUCCCCAAAGCAGACUUUUCCAGAAUCCGAUUCCUGUCCUUCAUCUCCAAAGCAUCCAACAGCUGCAUCUGAAAAGUUUGGAGUGCUGAAUGUAACCAAAUUGACUGAAAAUGGGAAGAAGGUUAGAAAGAACUGGAUGGCCUGGUGGACUGUGUUGCAAGGUUCUUCAUUAUUAUUCACUAAAUCACAAGGUGGUGGGACUAGCUGGUCAUAUUACCAAAGGGGUUCAUUCCCCGAGCUCGUCUUCUCACUGCUAGCCAACUGGAAACGCUCAUUCAAGCGUCGGCCCGCUGUCGCCUAUGUAAACUCUGGUCCUGUUACAACUGCUGCUGCCGCUAAGUUUGGUGGUAGUCAGUCCAAGCCUGAGUUUACAGUUGAUCUUAAAGGUGCUUUGUUGGAUUGGGCUUCAAAAGAGAAAUCCAGCAAAAAGCAUGUAAUUGAGCUGAAAACACGUCAAGGGACAGAACUAUUGAUUCAGUCCGAAAAUGACAGUGUUAUCAACGACUGGUUCAAAACACUGACGGAAACUAUAAAUAAUCAUGCAUGGGAAUCUGAUGAACCAGCUGAGGAAGACAUACCAGAAUCUCCUGGACCAGAAAAAACUGACAAGGAUAAAGAAAAAAGAGAUUCAAAAAAAGGACGCACAGUUAAAUCAUCAGUCAGCAUAGAUUCUUCAGAACAGAAGAAGACAAAGGUAAAAUUGAAGAAGUUUCUCACCCGCAGACCCACUCUCCAGGCAGUAAGAGACAAGGGAUACAUAAAAGAUCAGGUAUUUGGAUGUAACCUCUCUAAUCUAUGCCAAAGGGAGAACACAACUGUGCCCAAAUUUGUUAAAUUAUGUAUUGAUCAUGUAGAAAAAAAUGGUUUAGAUGUGGAUGGUUUAUACAGAGUCAGUGGAAACCUUGCUGUCAUACAGAAGUUACGAUUUGCAGUAAAUCAUGAUGAAAAACUUGAUUUAGAUGACAACAAAUGGGAAGAUAUCCAUGUCAUCACGGGAGCUUUGAAGAUGUUUUUUAGAGAACUGCCAGAACCUCUCUUUACUCAUAACUACUUCAAUGAUUUUGUUAAUGCAAUCAAAAAUCCAGAUUACAAGCAGCGAGUACAGUGUAUAAAAGAAUUAAUCAAGCAGUUGCCAAAACCAAAUCAUGACACUAUGCAAGCGCUCUUUAAACAUCUCCGGAAGGUUAUAGACAAUGGAGAAGUAAAUCGUAUGACAACACAAAGUGUGGCUAUAGUAUUUGGUCCAACUCUUCUGAGACCUGAAAAAGAAACAGCAAACAUUGCAAUUCACAUGGUAUACCAGAAUCAAAUUGUAGAACUGAUACUGCUGGAAUUUGAAAGCAUUUUCAGUAGGUAAAAGCGUAUCAGGAGACACAAUGGACCUUCCAAUUUAUGUACAGUACAGUGCAAGAAUCAGAGAUGUCAUUUGUAACUUAAUGGGGUGGCCUGGGACAUAUGGUACCUUAAGUCUGCACAUGCUGUUUUUGGAACUGCAAACUUUAUUUAAAUAUCAUCAGGAUGUAUGUGUGUGUAUGUUGUAUGUCAGAGACAGAGAUGACAGAGAGAGGUGAGAUAAAUCUACAGUGUAACCACUAAUUUCUGAGCAUUUUAUAAAAAAAGGGUAAUAGAUAUUUCUCACUGCUUAAUUUAAAUAAAUAAGUAAACAAAUAACGGCAACAUUCAGGUUGGAGUAUACACUGGAUUACUUGUUCUGUAUUUAUCAUUUAGGGGUAGGGUUACAUUCUUUGAAUAUCACUUGCAUGUAUGAAUUUGAAUUGGAUAUUUUUUUAAAUGAACUGGAAUAAUGCUGUAUUUCAGACUGUGUUUUACUGUUUGUGGCCCAGGAUUUGGUGUAUAUUCAUCACUUUGAUGUCUAACAAUAUGAACUUUUGAGGCAUUCUCUUGACGGUGUACUUAAACCAUGCACGGCAGCAUUUAACUUAAGCUAGUAUGAUUUGCAUAACAGCUGCAUUCUUUUGACAGUAUUGUGACUAUUAUACUGGUUUUAAUCACUCUGGAGAUAUUUGGAACAUCACAUGGAUUAUGAUGGUAACUACUGAUUCAUAUGGUUCAAAUUCUGCAAAAUGUGAUCUUCUGGAAUUUUGGAUGAAGAUGAUAGUAUUAAAGUCCUGUACAUUUAUCGUUCUACUGUACCUUUUUGAUGUGGCAUAAUGUUUUCUACUCAAACACUCGUACGGAUUUCUCCCAAAGGAAUAUAUUUCAAAGGUAAGGUAAGAAUCAAAAGCAGAAUAUGUUUCUUUGUAAAUAGAUGCCAGCUCUAAACUCCUUUAGCACAUGUAUAGACUUUAUUAAUCUUUGUAGGCACUCAUCCUACAAAAAGUUUGACUAUAAAGGCUCAGUUUGCCAGUGGGCUGUAACUGGAAGGAGCAUGGUGUUACUCAAAUCCUGCAACUUUCCGUACACUUACAAAAAUAAAUAUUAAUGUGCACUUUGAUUCUUUUUUUCCUUUAUAAUGCCAGUUAUCGAACUGUUGUAAAAAUGGUACUGGAAACAGUAUUGAGUUGGCUCACAAUAGACUUGUCAUGGGGCAUACGGCCAAUGAUGUCUCACAAGUUGGACACUUGUACAGUUUCUAUUUUUAAGGUAGCUACAUUUAAUCUGCAGAAAUGUUAGAUGUAUAUGAAAAUUCUUAGGCUUUAAUGGAGAAUAAUAGUAGAUGAAAAUAACCUGUUUUAAUUUUGUGUAAAUAGAUAACAGUGAUUGUUUAUAAAAGAGACUUUUAAGUACUGGUUUUGAAAUUUUAACUGUUACUGGGAAUAUUGUCAGAUGCACAGUUUUGAAUGUAAUUUUGCAAACUAACUGCUGUCUGUGACAUUGCAAUGUCUAAUCCGAAUAAAGAAACUUGCUGACAUAA